GAGUCGCCCGUCCAAUCAGCGCACUCGACACUGACUCGAGCGACUCUCCUCCGAGCGGAAAAUCAUGCUCGCGGCAGAUGCUGUUGUGAGUGAAUGAUCCAUAGUAUAUAAGAAACAUGAUCCGGAUCGCGGCUCUCAAUGCGGCGUCUCAGGCUGCGGAUGAGCAUGAAGGUGCCUUUAAAAGCACUAAACCAAGUCAAACCAAGGAAGCCCAGGAGGCAGAAGCAUUUGCACUGUAUCAUAAAGCUCUUGACCUGCAGAAACAUGACAAGUUUGAAGAGUCUGCCAAAGCUUACCAUGAGCUCCUCAAGACCCCUCUGCUCAAGGAGGCAGUGGCAUCUGAAGAUGAGAAAGUUGGACUCAAGCAUCCUGGGCUGAUGUUGAAAUAUUCCACCUAUAAAAACUUGGCUAGCCUUGCGGUGCUCAAAGAUGACAUCGACACUGCAAUGGAUUUCUAUGUGCAGGCUGUCAUGCUGGACUCCACAGAUGUGAAUAUGUGGUAUAAAAUGGGAAGGCUGGCAUUGAAAAAGGCGAGUAUGUCAUUGGCCCGUCAUGCUUUUGAGGUGGGCUUACGCUGUAACCCAGACCACUGGCCCUGUCUGGACAGCCUGAUCACAGUCCUCUACGCCCUCAGUGACUACAGCUGUUGUCUUUAUUACAUCUGUAAGGCUCUAGAGAAAGAUGCGGGUUUCAGUAAGGGACACGUGCUGAAAGAGAAGAUCUUUGAGGAGCAGCCCUGCCUCAGACGAGACUCUAUGAAGAUGUUCUCUAAACUUGAAGUGUCAGCGCAGUAUGUUGAUGUAGAUGAGGAGGAGGCUCACAGUAUCGUAGAGGAUGCGCUGGAGCUCAGGAGACAGAGACAGUCUAAACUGACACGACACCCAGUGACUGAUCUGCAACUGGUUGAGCCGAUCAAAUACUUCACAUGGAAGAGUGUGGGUGAGAGUUUCCUUGCCAUGUACAAACACCAGAAUGCUUGCCUGGUCCCACGGCCCGACUUUGGCCGCAGAAUCGACCUGUCAAUGUACCGUGACCCAGACUGCCUCCUCCAGAUGCCCUCCAGCACACCUGCGGCCAUAGUCGUUGUUUCUUCGGAUCCCCCUCAGCCCCCAGUGACGGUCGCUCUGCCUCAAGCACCCUCUGCACCACCUCCUGCUCCUACCAGCCUAAGCUCCAGUCUCCCCCCACCAACUGAUACCUCCGUUCAGCCAGAAGCACAGCCCAGCGCUCCUGAAGGGGAACCACAAAACCAGAAUGUAAUUGAGGUGACCACCACUACCACAGUCACUGUUUCUGCCACCAACGCAAUUGAGGAUGCUGCUGUUGCCAUGGUUACUUCUGCCGCUCUGGACGCCGCAUUGAGUGAUAAAGCGAGAAAAGGCACCAAGAGAAAACGUGUUGUGGAGGAAAAUGUAGAAACUGCAAAGAGACGCUCGGCACGUGUCCGUAAUACCAAAUGCAAGAAAGAAGAGAGGAUCGACUUCCAAGAACUUCUGCUCAAAUUCCUCCCAUCCAGGCUAAAAAAGUUUGAAGACGAUGAGGAUAGUCUCAGUAACAUGGACACUCAGUGUGAUGCCAAACCUGAUUCCCAGCUGAACCGUGGAUUCGGCUCCAACUCUGAGUAUUUAGUCUCUAUAGAGUCGGAGCGAAAGGAGGUGAAUGCGUUCUUGCUGGCAAACAUGCAAAACGGCGGCAUCCUGGAGCUGAUGAUCCGUUAUCUGAAGGCAGUGGGCCAGAAAUUUCUAGAAGAGUGGCCUGCAGGACUCAGUGGAGUGGUGCUGGAUAUAUUCAACUGCUGGAGGAAACACAGCGCUGGGCUGCCCAAUCCUCUGCUCAGGGACUGCAGCAACCAGCACAUAAAGGAAAUGAUGCGGAUGUGUUUGUGCUGUCUGGAGCUGCAGCUGGAGCAGAAGUCCUUGAUGAAAGGCAAAAUAAUGUCUCAAAGAAAGAGCGCGUCUGGUUCAGGAAGAGAUUGUGGGGAUGCUGAUGCUGAGGCUCGCUUUCAGGCUGACUUGUUUCUUCUGACCAUGGCAUCUUCUCAGAGAGAUCUGUUUGAAAACGACUGGAUCUCUUUUGUCGUCAGAGUUCACUGGCUUAAAGCACGACACAUCGCCUUACAGGGUGACAUGGAGGAGGCGCUCGAGUGUUACGACAUGUGUGUCGGUUUGCUAAGGGGGCAGAGCAGCGAGAUCACCAUCCAGUUGCCCAACCUCAGCGUGGACGCUGCCAUCUCUGUAGAGGAGAUUGAGAAGAAGCUGAAGUCUCUAGAGCGAUGUCAGUCUCUAGAGGAGAUUCAGAGACUGUUUGAUAGCGGAGAUUAUCAGUCUGUGGUUCGGUUACUGCAGCCAACUCUGAGCUUCGGCUCCGGCUCGACACGACUCAAGGCGCUAGAUUACAUCAGCUCUGCUCCUGAGAGACCAGCCCAGCUCUUACUGCUGCAGAGUUCCCUGCUGCGGCUUAAAGACCACAGCUCUUGCAUGGAAACGUCUGAAGUGUCUCUCAACGAGGCCAAUCAGCACUUGAACUCUGCAUUACCCAGCAGCCCCUCUGCUAAGGAAGAGUGGGUGUCCACCAUCACGGCGCUUCUGAAGGGAAUCGAAAGCUGCAUCGCUGACAAGCCCGAGCUGCUCACCCUCACCCCGCGCUCCACGAACCUCCCACGCCUCGCCAACAAUCUCAUACAGUUGAUAGCCACCAGUAUGGUAUUACCCGAUGACCCCAAAGAGGCUCAUUUCUCAUCACUGUUGCCAUGGAUUCUGCUGUACAACGUCAUCAAACAGGAAGAGGCUGCUUUUGACUGCAUGCUGCGGCAACAAAUUGGAGAUGAGGAUAAUCACGAGGAUGACACCCCAUUGCUGCCCUCGUCUCUCAUGCUUCUCAAAACGGCACAUGAAUGUCUGGGUCGCCGGUCCUGGUGUUGCAACUCUGAUGGAUCUCUGCUCAAAUUCUUUGUUUGUGUAUUGAAGGAGAAGCUCUCAGGAAAAGAGAAUCUGCCGUAUAAAGAAGAUCUGGAGACAGCGCUGGAGCAGUGUUUCUAUUGUCUGUAUGGUUAUCCGACCAGGAAAAGUAAAGCCCGAUACCUAGAGGAGCAUUCUGCCCCACAGGUGGAGCUACAUUGGAAUGAAGCCGUCUCCAUGUUUGAGUACUUCAAACCCAAGACCUUGCCCGAGUUUGACAGCUAUAAGACCAGCACGGUCUCUGCCGACCUGGCCAACCUCCUUAGAAGACUCUCUGGAAUAAUCCCAUGCAACGACGGCCCCGUGAUCUCCAUAGAUGAUGUGUCCGCUUACAUAGAGGGUGGAGCCGUCAAGGUGCCGGCCCUCCCGGAAGGAACUCCCCCAGCGCCCCCUGUGGUGAAUGAGCUGUACUAUCUGCUGGCAGACUACCAUUUUAAAAACAAAGAGCAGUCUAAAGCCAUUAAGUUCUACAUGCACGACAUCUGCGUGUGCCCCAACAGGUUUGACUCAUGGGCAGGGAUGGCUCUCGCGCGUGCCAGUCGUAUCCAAGACAAACUAAAUUCCAAUGAGCUCAGGAGUGACGGACCCAUCUGGAAAAACUCUAUGGCAGUGUUGACCUGUUUCAAACGGGCUCUAGAGAUAGACGGCUCCAACCUGUCCUUAUGGAUCGAGUACGGCACCAUGUCCUACGCCUUGCACUCUUUCGCUUCCAGACAGCUCAAGCAGUGGAAACGCGAACUUCCCCCGGACUUAACUAAACAGAUGGAGGAGCGCAGGGAUUCGAUGUUGGAGACAGCGUUUCAGUGUUUCCAGAGCGCGUCUCGCUGUGAUGGCGAUGAGGAAGAGUGGCUCAUUCAUUACAUGCUGGGAAAGAUCGCGGAAAAGCGUAAACAGACGCCCAAAGACUACCUGCAGCUGUACAAACAGUCUGCAUAUUACCUGCAUGAGGAAGCAGCCCGAUACCCACGCAAAAUCCACUACCAUAACCCACCUGACCUUGCCAUGGAGGCCCUAGAGCUUUUUUUCCGUUUGAGUGCCACCAUUCUGAAAUUGUUGGAGGAUGAGGUAGAAGCUGGUGGUGAACAGUCCGAACCGCAGGUUCUGGAUUAUGAGCUGUUCUUCAACUUGCUCGCAGACGGAGCCGUCGGACCGUUUGCACGCGGCGAGGAGAAGAACACCCCAAAAACCAGCAGUGACAAGGAAAAGCAUCCCUCUGUCAAUGACGAAGACUCACGUUCCUGUCCGGCAGCGCUGGUCACCUCAUCUGCGAUGCCCGCGCCGGCUGCAGCGACUCCAGGCGAUGGUGCGGCAGGUGCGAGUUCUCCCCCGUAUGCGGUCACUCCGGUCGACCAUGAUUACGUCAAACGUAAAAGACAGCAGCAGAGGCACAGGCAGGGGCGGGAGCUCCAGCAGCAGGACGCUUACUUCUCACAUGACCAUGACUACUGCGUGUGUCUCUCUGCUUUGCGGCCAGGAUCUGUGUAUGAGCAAAGUCAGGACAGCGUGGCCGUCAUGUCGGACUGCAGCUCCUUGCAGGAUGUCUUCAUGGACCCCACCAGCUCACAGGACAGCAAUCCCAAGGGGAAUUCUGGGAAGUGUCUUUUUCCAGAAGAGUCAAACGCCGCUGAAAAAGAGAAACAGGCACCGGCUGAAGAUACAGGCACCUUAGAAGACAAGAAUAUGGAUAUCAGCUCUGCCACAAUCUCUCAAGAAUCCUCGGUCACUCAGGAGUCUUCCGACACCACUUUAUCCAUCACCUCUCCUGAAGCAUCUGUCCCCAAAACCCCUACAGACACACCCACCCAACCACCGGCUGGACCACUGAACACCACGCCACACAAGAGCCACUCACAGACCGCCCCCUCCAGUGAGGGCAAGCGGAGACCGGAGCCCCCUCCCCCUCUGGAGGUGAUCGAGGUGCCCAAAUGUCUGCCGAUGGGGCGGGAGGAGCAGAGAACAGCGCUGGUGGACUUGUGUGUGAGGUCUCUCUUCCUGUGUCUGAGCCGCUUCCCACAGCACUAUAAAAGCCUGUACCGUCUGGCCAACCUGUACGCCUACAGCAGGACACACAAGAACCUGCAAUGGGCACGAGAUGUGUUGCUAGGGAGCAGUGUCCCAUGGCAACAGCUGAAGCACAUGCCGGCACAAGGACUUUUCUGCGAGAGGAAUAAAACCAAUCUGUUCAACGGCAUCUGGCGUAUUCCAGUAGAUGAGAUCGAUCGUCCUGGUAGUUUUGCAUCUCAUAUGAACAAAUCCAUCGUGCUGUUACUGGAUGUCCUGUCUCAUCUGAAAGAUCAACACACUUUACUCAAAAUCUCCCUCAUGCUUCAGAGAACCCCUGACCAGGGAAAGAAGUACUUGCGAGAUGUGGACCGACAAGUUUUGGCCAAACGAGCAUUUUUCUUCACUGUAAAAGUGUUGGAAGACAAUCUGGAUAAACUCACAGGGGUGAGUGACCCCCCUAAACAAUCCGCCACCUGUAUGGGUGAGAUGACCACAGCUGAUGUGUCCAAUAGGCCGCCUGCUGCGGAGGACCCCAAAUGCUCACACACCACCCCUCCUAAAGCAGGACUCGCCGAAAUCCCCGCUGUCACAGAGACUGAGACCGUGACCCCCCCUGCCAUGCCCCACCCAGCCACACUCCAACUCUCACUGCAACCUUUAACCCAUACUCAGGUGACUGGGGCCACCAUUCACCCCAGAGAAGGUGCUUGUGGGCUUGGAGAGCCCAUGGAACUUGGUCUGGGAUCAUGGCCGGGUGGUUCAAAAUUCAGAGACCCUCAAACGCCUACCGAUGGUGCCGCACAAGAGCGGGGGAUUGUUAAAUCAUCAGUGGACGAGGCAGAGAAGAUUCCAGAGAGCAGUCGGGCAUCAGAGCUUUCGCUGGAGGACUUGAGCAUUAGCUCUAAACAGCAACAGCUCCAGAAUCAGGCGAAUGCGCUUAGAGCGCUGACCAUGGUUACCACACCAGUGCCAUGCAACCCCAUGCAAAUUUCAGGCGCUCCCGAGCUGGUGUUACCACAGCGACCCAGCAGGAAGAGGAAACUUCUGGAUGAUGCAGAGUCAGGCAAGACGCUUCUCUUGGAUGCAUACAGGGUGUGGCAGCAGGGCCAGAAAGUCAUGACCUAUGACCUGAAGCGCAUUGAGAAGAUCAUGUCGGAGACAUACAUGCUGAUUAAACAGGUGGAUGAGGAUGUAGCAUUGGAUCAAGCUGUGAAGUUCUGCCAGAUUCAAAUGGCAACAUCGGCACAAAGACAGAGCUCCAUUGAUGCGCCCACCACACCCAAGAUUAGUAAAGACCAGCGAGACAUCUUCUUCCCAGCGUCCUUCUCCACGCCGUGCCUCCUCACCAACACACAUCCCAUAUCAACUCAGGACGGGGAGGCCAAGCUGAACAAGACCCCUCGACCGCUUCUCACACAGACACACAGCACUCCAACACAGAUCUACUGCCCGCCCACCAGCCAACCUGACCAAUCGCAGCAACGGAAGACGCCUAGCCAGCCAAUAGCAAGCAUGGCCUACUUGCCCCACACAGAGGACCGAGCAGAGCCGGUUAUGGUGGGUCUGUACCGCCACCAGGAGUCGCACCUGUGUCAGCAGAUGAAGAUGGCAACAGUCUCUCAGAUUCACAGCACACACGAGUGGACCGGACUUGAGCCUCCGUCCUGCUCAACCAACACCAGCACAGAAAGUGUAGACCAGUCCAAGCAGGGCGAUGCUUGUCGUAUCCGAUCCCGAAUUCCUCCCAACAUGCCCAAAUUGCUCAUCCCCUCCACAGUUACUAAAUUCCCGCCGGAGAUAACGGUCACGCCCCCUACACCCACCCUACUGUCCCCGAAAGGUAGCAUCUCUGAAGAGACCAAACAGAAGCUCAAGAAUGUGAUACUGUCCUCUCAGUCGGCAGCUAAUGUGAAGAAAGACACUCUCGCUCAACCCGCUUUGGAGGUUCUGGAAACAUCCAGUCAGGAAUCAUCUCUGGAGAGCGAAUCAGAAGAUGAAGACGACUACAUGGACAUUUGAACUCUAAACAUGAGCUCGGAAUCGAGCUCGGAAGCAACAUUUCUUAUUCGUGUAGCUGCAGCUAACCAUUGACGGUUUCUUCUCUUUUUCUAUAGCGCAUUUACUCCGCCGUAUGCACGUUUUUUCAGAGAAAGGGCUUUUUCCGACCCCGGCACUUGUGUGUUUUUGUGUUUUUGCUCCUCUGCUGCUAAGCAUGGACUGUGUCGUUCCGUUGUUGUUUUUUCAUCGUGUUCAAUCCUGCAAAGUGACAUUUUUACUUCAGUGGCGUUCAAAGCCAACCACAACAAAACAGUCGGUUCUUAGCAUCACAUCUUUUAAUCUGUUCACAGUAUUCUCCUGAAGCGUGAAUGAUGUAAUAGGGACAGUUUGUUUAACGCAAUUUACUCGUCAAGAGAUUUUGGGGCAUUAUAUUUGCAGAGUUGUUUACAGAUUUAACAGGAAAUCCAUUUUGCAUGACAUUUUGUUCAGCUCAGUGUUGUGAAAAAUAAACACGAUUCAUAUCACCACCAAACAUGGAAACUUUCCUCGGGAUGUCAGCAUGCAAAAGUGACCGUUUUUUACAAUCAUGUGGGUACGUGUCGCUAUUUUUCGCUAAGUGUGUGUGUGGUUAUACCUCUAUUUUCAAAGCUGUGUUGCCUCCACGUGUAGCACGCACGGGGCGUUUCUUUGUGUUGUCCAUGCUGUAAGUUCAACAAAUGUACGAUUUUUCAAAGCACAUUUAUUUUUGGGUUAUUAUUAUGGAUUGCUGUAUUGGUAAUCUGUUGGAUGUAUAAAUAUUAAAGACCUGAUUUUGAGGUUAUUUGUUAAACCACCAAGAAUUCCAUUGGAACUGUUGAAAGUUGAAGUGUGCCGUGUUACUGUCUAAUGUAUUUUGAGGGGUUUUCCAUUUGGGGAAGAUACCGUAUGUAACCCUGCCAACAGCACUGAGAAUAUUAUUAAUUUCACUCCAAAUAUGAAUGUGACCCAACCAAGUACAGAACCGUUUUUCCAUUUGAUUUUAUUGUAUUGUUUCUCAUCACCACAAUUACUCUUUCAUAGCAUUUUGAUUUUUUUCAAUAAGAUAAAAAGACCAAAACACGGUGCUGAUAUGUCCUACUGUUUGGCUUUUUUUAUAAUCUCUGAAGGGUAAACCAUUAAAAUUAUCCUGAUGUAUUAUUAUUAGUAAUCUUGACAUAUUGGUUUUUAUCUUCACAUCAUUAAGACGAUCUGAUCUGAUGUUUUGGUACCUGGUUGGUUUCGUGAUGGAGAUCCUGUUGGCGUUACUCUGACAGAUAUGUUUUUGGAGCAUCAUCUCCCGUUCUAAUAUCAAAACGGUUUAGACAGAAGAAUGUUUUUUACCAAAUGUUUUCUAUUUAGAUGGAUAAAUAGCUACCAUUAUUUUUGGAGUGCAGACUUUUUCCAUGUAAGCAAAACUUUGAAAGGACGUGUUUUUGAUGACGUGAGCAUAGCCGACCAAACUACCUGUAAACAGAAUGAUGUUUUUCUAUUUGUCCUCUUUUAAAAUAAUGUUUUGUUUGUUUGUAUACAGUCUCUUUGCUUGUUAAGAAUGUAACAUGGCAGAAUUGGAUACAUGCUCUUGCGCAGAGACGUGAGGUUCUCUGAGCUCUUUGGAGUAUUACUUUGCUCAGGCUAUUUUUUCUGAGAAGAAUGAUAUUACUGAAUUUCUGACAUGCUGCAUUGAUAUCACAAAACCAAAAAUACACUUCAACUUUUUACCUGA